AUGGCCAUACCAGUACCAGGAGACACGAUUGACCCCCAUGCACAUCAGAUAGAACACCAACUCAUCACUGCAUCACUCGAGUUGGAGAAACUUGACGAGAAUUUGUUUCGAUCACCGACGAAGUCUCUAUGGGUCCCGGCCAGAGGUCGUGGAGUGUUUGGAGGCCAAGUCAUAUCCCAAGCGCUGCUUGCCGCCAGCAAGACAGUUCGAGAUGAUCUGCAUUGCCAUUCUUUGCAUUGUUACUUCUUGCUAAAUGCAAACCCCUCGAUCCCAAUCCUAUAUUAUGUUGAUAGGGUGCGGGAAGGACGGAGCUACGCCACCCGCGGCGUUAAAGCAGUGCAAAAAGGAAGAUCCGUUUUUGCCAUGAUGGUCUCGUUCUCCCGAUUGGAGCCCGAAGGCCCUGUUGAUAUCCUGCAACGGAGGGCAGACGCGGUAUCUGAUCUAGACCGGAAAGCUUACCUGUUAAGAAUAAAGCAGGAUCGCAUCAACAGUCCUAUCGAGAUCAGAAUUGCCAUACAUGGAGAGGGCACGGAUAAACAUACUCCCGCUAUGUACUGGAUGCGGGCAAGAUCGAUCCCUAAAUUUGAUGCACCCUUCCAGAAGUGCAUCCUUGCGUACAUUUCGGAUCUUAACUUCUUACACAGUGUGACUAGGGCAGUCUUGUCGAAUCCUGCGAAUUCCAAUUUCCAGGGUAUGGGAAUGAUGGCUUCAUUAGACCAUUCAUUGUGGUUUUACGAUCAUGAAUUCGAUUGCAGUGAAUGGGUACUCUUCGUCAUGGGUUCUCCUCGCGCUGGGCUUGGCCGGGGCGUUGUACAGGGUGUGUUCUAUGAUCAAUCUGGCAAGUUAAUCGCAGUAGCAGCUCAGGAAGGCGUGGCGCGUGGUGUGCUUAAGCGCUCGGAGAGUGACAAACCCAAACUCUGA